AUGCAGAAGCAGCAAGUUGAAGCGACUUCGAAUCAGCAGCUGUCAGCACGAUUACCUCUUCCUUCAGUAAGUCACGUGAUUGCUUCGUCUUCGUCACAAAUCUCUUCCAAUUAUUCAUAUCCGAAUUCUAGUAAACCAACGAAUUCAACUUAUUUCAACGAAUCUCCCAACAGUAAUAAUCAAACUGCGUCGAUAGCGCAAGCAGUGGCACAAAGAGAUUCAUCUUCAUUACAAGUAAAUCCGUCAAAUUAUCGAAUUUGUUCGAACAAUAUACCAACAUCAACGUCAGCGACCGCCGUUUUCCAACAGUUUAAUUCGCCUACACUACUCGAUUCGUCUUCGAAUAUUUCAAAGGAAAAUUUAACCGAUGAAUAUCGCGAACUUAAAAAGCUUUUUAAGCAUCUCGUAUACGUAAGUUCUAUUUUUUUCUUUCAGCAGCAAACAUUUCGUUUUUGCUUGGCCCCAUUAACUGCUAAGGCUUCGGCUGCUUCGCUGGAGAUUCGUUUGAUGGCAGAUGACAGAGUUCGGACUCUCGGCGAAUUGUUCGGACGAAAGGACAAACGCCGAAUCUUUGCUACCGUCGGUUUGACUAGGAAGUAUGCUGUAAAGGAUGCUGAGCAGCAUUUGAAGAAUUCAGCUUGCAGGCUUUCUCUCGAGGAGCAGGAGUGUUACCAGUCAGAAUUGCGAAAUCUUCAACGGAUAUUAUUUAAAAUAACACGUGAUAAAAAUUUUUUGCUUGAUCGAUUAUUACAGUAUGAAACAAUAAGCGAUUCGUCUGAUGGUUCGGAUUCGGAUCCAUCUGAUACAGAUUCAGUUAAAACGUUAGAAGAUAAACCGUCUCCGAAGAAAAAAAUACGUCUUUCUAUGCAGCGUCGCAAGAUGAAUGUUGGUAGACCGAGGUCAGUUUUUCUGCCAAAUAUGAAUGAUUCAAUCGUAUCAUCGUCAAAUUUGAAUCGUUAA